GCUGCUGUCCCCGAGGUGUCCCUGGCACAGGGACGAUGAGCGCUGCCGCAGCCCGGAGCCAACCGGGGCGGGUCCCCGAGCCUGCAGAGCCACGGGGACGCGGAGCUACGGCUGAGCCCGGCGUGCCGAGCCGUGCUGCGCGUGCCACGCCGCCCAGGCGGAUGGAAAGCUGCGCCCUGGCAGGAAGCCCCGCCGGCCGCCUGCCUCCACCCCGUGCCUGCCGGCCCCCUCCCGCACCCGCCCCGCACCCCAGCCCUAUGCCAGGCGAGCGGCGCCCGCCUUACCCACCCACCCGCCAUGAAGUGCUCGCUGCGCCUCUGCUUCCUCUCGACCGCCUUCCUCCUCGUCUUCGUCAUGUCCGUGCUCUUCACCUACUCCCACCACAGCAUCGCCUACCUGGACCCCGGCGGGCUGGGCGGCAUCCACCGGGUGAAGCUGGUGCCCGGCUACGCCGGCGCGCGGCUCGGCCACGGGGGGCUGUACCCGAGGGGCUGCGCCUGCCGCCGCUGCCCCGAGGACGUCGCCGACACUGCGGCGGCUUGGUUUGACAGCCGCUACGACGGCCGCGUCUCCCCGGUGUGGACUAAGGAGAACAUGGAGCUGCCGCCGGACGUCCAGCGGUGGUGGAUGAUGCUGCAGCCCCAGUUCAAGUCCCACAACACGCAGGAGGUGCUGAGCAAGCUUUUCCAGAUCGUGCCGGGCGAGAACCCCUACCGCUGGCACGACCCGCGCCACUGCCGGCGCUGCGCCGUGGUGGGCAACUCGGGCAACCUGCGCGGCUCUGGCUACGGGCCCGAGAUCGACGGGCACGACUUCGUCAUGAGGAUGAACCAGGCGCCUACGGUGGGCUUUGAGGGGGACGUGGGCGGCCGGACCACGCACCACUUCAUGUACCCCGAGAGUGCCAAGAACCUGCCUGCCAACGUCAGCUUCGUGCUGGUGCCCUUCAAGACCCUGGACCUGCUCUGGAUCGCCAGCGCCCUCUCCACCGGCCAGAUCAGGUUCACCUAUGCGCCUGUGAAGCCUUUCCUGCGGGUGGACAAGGAAAAGGUGCAGAUCUACAACCCUGCCUUCUUCAAGUACAUCCACGACCGCUGGACGGAGCACCACGGGCGCUACCCCACCGGCAUGCUGGUGCUCUUCUUCGCCCUGCACGUCUGCGACGAGGUGAACGUCUUCGGGUUCGGCGCCGACAGCCGGGGCAACUGGCACCACUACUAGAACAACCGCUAUGCCGGCGAGUUCAGGAAGACCGGGGUGCAUGACGCCGACUUCGAGGCGCACAUCAUCGACAUGCUGGCCAAAACCAGCAGGAUCGAGGUCUACCGGGGGAACUGAGGGCCGGACGGCGGCGCGUCCUCCAGCUCGCCCACGCCAAGGAGCGGGGCUCAGUGCCCGGCCGGCAGCGGGUGGCCCCCGGCACCCGUGGGUGCUCGCCGGCAGCCCCUGGCCAGCAGCACGGCCCCAAUGGAGCUGCCCCGGGCAGCACUCGGUGCCUGUGACCAAUCAGUUUUGAGCGAAAAAGGAGACUUUUUGUUGUUCUGGGGUUUUUACUUAAGAUUAUUGUUAUUAAGGACCCCGUCUCAGCCGAGCGAGGAUUUACAGACGCACUCAGCGCCCGGCAGGCUGGCGGGAGCACCCAACUUGCAUCUCUUUACAGUCAAACCAAAUGCUGCUCUUUUUAAAAUGAAAACAAACAAAAAGAAAACACAAAAAAAACCUGAAGCCCGGCGACUUUGGGGAGCGCCCGAGCCAAGGGCAAAGUGACAAUCAACCCCCCAGGGCGCUGUGCCGUGCCACCGCGCUGGUGUCCGAUGGCCACCUCCUCCGGCUCUGCCUGUCCCCGGGCCUGGAAGCCACCGCUGCUUUCGUCCUUUAAUUUGAUUCUUUUUUUCCUCCCCCUUCGCUUGGCGAUGUCCCUUUGCGGCUGCAAUCCCAUGGCCCCGGGAAGGGGAGGUUGGACUCUCAGCGGUCCCAUUGCUGGAGCCCACUGCGGCGCAACUGAGAUCGGCUGCGCCGUGGUGGAUGCUGGCUCGGGGACGCCACCGUGCCAAACCCCCCCCUGUGUCAGGGCCGGCGUCCUGGGCGCUCAUUUGCCCAAGGUUAGGGAGAAAUUUGGGGUGGGUGGCAGCAUGCAUCUGGCAGCUGAGACCUGCACAGCGGCAGCCCGGUCCCUCUGCAGCACCCAUGUCCCGACUAUGGUGACACCGAUGUGCGGCAGCAGGCGCGUGGCGAUGGACGGAGCAGGCUUUCCCUUCCCUUUCAGAACGGAAAAAGGGCAGGUGGGGGCUGGCUUUAGCAGGUGGACAAAGCGUGCUUUUCUUUUGUUGUUUUCCCAUUUCCCCCUUUGCCAGCUCUCAUGAGAAGGCUGGAAACCCAAAGUCAUUCGCUCUGCUCCCGCCAGCGGGCGAGGCGUGGGGAUUUUUGGGAUGGGGAUUUUCAGGUCUCCAGGGCUAGCACCAUGCUCCCCUGGUGCCGGUGGCACAGGCAGGAGGCACAGGGGGGCACAGCCUCCUGGUGGUGUAAUUAAACCGCUUUCUUUUGGGCAAUCAAGCAGCUGGGGUUGGGGACAUGCUAUGGAAAGCUCAAGACAAAGGCAAUCAUGGAGCCGCUGGGCAACGCAAACCCCACGCCUCCACCUGAGGGAGAGCCCAGCACGGGGCCCUUGCUGCAGCCGUUAUUUGAGGACCGAUCAUGCAGGGAGCUUUGGGGGCUUGGUGUUUUUUUUUCCUUUCACAUAUGGCUUUUCUGUAGCAGCCCCUUACCUGCUUUGGAUUGAUUUAUUUUUUUUCCACGGGGUUUGCUUUUUUGAUUUUUUUUGAGGUUUCUCUCUGCAGUCGUGAAGUGCAAGGCUUGGGGCACCCGGGCUGGGACCUCUCCUCUCUUCUGCCCAUGGGGCUCCAAUCCCAGGGGUUUUUCUGGGCAGGUUUUGGUAGAAGAAGCCCCAGGACACAUCCUGCGCCCUCCUGGGGUUUUGCCUUGGCAUUUGGUCCGUUUUUUGUUUUUUUUUUUUUUAGGGGAAGAAAACCACAAAAAUCACAAACCACGAGCAACAACGAGUGCCUUGACAUCUCCUGUCAGCCGCGCCAGACCGAGCCCGCUGCCGCGCUGCCCUGUGAGGUUGGGGUGCACCGAGGCCGACCCGGGGCUUCCUCUCUCCUUCCCUCCUGGGGGGCACGGGGUGGCCUCUGGGUGCCUCCUGGGUGCGGGGCAGAGGCUGGGGAGGACGGGUCCGGUGCGACGGGCGUGACCAGCACCGCUCCUGCUCCGGGCCAGACAAUCACGGGGCGAGAGGAGGCGCCUGGUCCUGAGCCUGCCGGCAGCACCGUGCCAGCAUCUGACAGUUUUUUGGCUAACUUCCUUCCCCCCCCACCCCCCCCCCCCCCCCCCCCCUUUUAUUAUUGUUAUUAUUAUUAUUAUUAUUAUUGGUGUUGUUAUUAUUUAAAUUGUCCCGCCAUGAGGACUCGCGACCACUCCACGCACGAGCAUGCUGCACGCCCCGCGGGCGCUGCGCCUACGAGCACCACUGUACUGUACAUAGAGGAGACGUAGGCAGAGGCUAUGGGCAGGGGUGCCCCUUUUGGGGGGCACAGAGGCAGAAGCAAGGUUUUGGGGGCCUCCAUCACACGGUGCCCAACUGGGAGAGGCAGCCCCGUGCCCUGUGCCACAGCCGGGGGGGGUCCCGUAGCUUCUGCCUACGUGGGUACUUCUGCACACAACUGUCUUAAACCAACUCUUUUUUGGUUUGUUUUUUUUUUUUUAGUCAAUAAAAAUCAUGCAUCCAAACCGCUCCGUGUUUUCCUCCUGUCCCCAGCCCCGCCUGCCCAAAGCCUGUGUUUGGGCGAUGCCACUGCUCUGCAGCUGCCACUGGGACCCCGAAAAAAUGGUCAGGGUCACUUGUAGGGCACAGGACAGAGCCCCCAGUCCCCGAUCUCUGUCCUGCCCCAGGCAGGGGGUGACAGGGGGCUGCUUCAACCUGCGUGAGCAUGCUCUCCAACAGAGGACGGAUGAGAGAUUUUCCCUGGCUCCUGCUGGGACUUAAAACUUCCGUGGGCAUUUGUCUUGAAAAAGGUUUCCAAGCAUUUUCCCCAGGGCUCUGGGGUGCUGCAGCAGCUUCCCCGUGGCAGGGGGCAGUGGGCUGGCUCCAUCCCUGCACUGGGCCGUAUCUCUCACUCAGCCUGCCUUGUGUGGUUAGGGCUGCUCCGGGGGCCAGCCCUGUCUGCAUCCUGGCAGGAGAGGCAAUGAGCACAAGCUGAAACAAAAGGAAAUUCCACUGAAAGGGAAGCACGAGGGGGGAAAAAAUAAAUAAAAACUCACCCUUUGUGUUCUGACACCUCCAGGGGGUUUGCCCCAGCUGGGUGCUGGCAGAGCGCUGGGGCUCUCCAUCAGCCAGAGGGGGCUGAAACCCCACACAGCGUUCUGGGGCCAUGCACCACCCGCCCCAGGGGCUUCCCUCCAGCCCCAGGCCCAGGUCCCCCCCAGCGCCCCUGCAGCAGGGGACCACCCUGUGUCCUCGUGGAAAGCCACCUGAGGACCACACGGUUUGGAUGCUGAUGGGUAACAGAAGGCUCUCAUGUAACAAACCGCCCGAUUCGGAAGUAGUUAAAAUGCCUCUUUAUUAAUAUACAAACCUAGCAAUGUUUAAGCCAACCAAAAUAUUAAAUGAAGUAAAGCACAAUAUAAAUACAGCACACAUAAUAACACGGCCUCGGGGGAGAGCAGCGAGCUCACCCCUUUGUGGGCGCUGGGGAACCACCGCCCCUACCCCCGCAGCUGGGUGCAGCCCUCAGAACCCCUCUGCCUCCCCCCAAACCCCUCCGAGCCCAAAGCCCAGGGAGGGGAGGUGCUGCUGCUGCUCACCGAGGCAGACCCCAGAGUGAUGUUUCACAAGCCCUACAGUCAAAGGGAUUUGGAAGAGUCGCCGCGCUGCCAGGAUCCAGCUGCUGGUUGCCCUGCGACAGGCGCAGUGGUCGGGGAAACCUCACCUGGCCCACCUCAGCCAUGUCCAUUGCACGACAUUCACAAGCAUAAGGCACUAGAAAGUGUUUUCUCAGUUAAAACAGGGACUCGAAGUGAACUUGCCUCAGGUUCUGCCGGCUGGAGGACGCAGGACUUGUUGCUGUCCGUGCAAAGCGGAGCAUCCAUUGUUGGUGACUCGCAUGUAACCACGCUGCUGGUGGGAGAAGCCGGUGUCAAGCACGUGCGUGGGAUGGUCAGCUGUCACCAGCUCAGACAAACCAAUAAAUAUUAACGAGCACCAUCCUCCAGAGCCUCUUUUGUUAUAAAUCACCAAUCCUCCUCACGGAGACGCCUUGCUCGGACUAUGCAGGGUGCCCGAACCAAGGCAACGCCAGCUCAGAAGCCAUCCUGACGCCAGCAGCGCAGCUCAGCCCUGGGACGAGCAGGAGAUGAGGAAUCUCGGCCAUCUGAGCAGACACGAGGUCCCCAGCACAGAGAAACCCUCGAACCUGCUACAGCACGAGCAAUAUCCUGAAUAAAUCCACUUCUGGAGAAACAGGAACUCGCGCCGAGGCUCUGCCAAGGCUCUCCCAGCCUGCCCUGUGCGCCCCGAGCACAGCAAGAAAUCAAGCGGCACGCACGGGCAGUGCACAAACACCUAGCCUAAAAGCCUUAAGGCAUUUACAAAUAUGUAAAGAUUUUUUUUUCCCUCCCUCAAAUGCACUCGCUACAAUCACAACGUUUAAGGAAAGUGUAAAGUGCAAAGAAAAUUUUCAACUGCUUCUCAGAGACAGCUUGAAGUCGUCUAGUGACAUUAAUCCCUUUUCCCCCACGCCCCAUUUCCUGCCUGAACGUUAAAAAACAACGGCAACAAUAAAAGAAACAACCUGCCCUAACAAUCACUUAAGGAAAAGGUAGCUUAAAACAAAAAAGCAUCCCGACAUGGG